ACAAAAUUCAAACGCCUAUCUGGAUGCUGGGUCUGAUAGAUAGCUCAUGGUAACGCAAGAAGUCUUGAGGAUCCACCAUGGGAAACUCCAGAACCAGUUCACGGGUAAUAUCCGUAUAAGGGAAAUCACAGUGUAUAUCUAAAUCUAUUUUCUUGCGGUCCAAGUGUGAUACGUCGGUCCUGUGGUCCCCCUUGGAAAUAUAAAGUUAUCAUAUUCUGUUCUAAUCGGUCCAGAAUGAGCGCGGACUGCACGAGCUACUACAGUUCAGAGAAACACUUCGUGAACGGAUUUACUUGUCCCAAACCGGACAGCGAUGCCAAGGCGGUGUUUUGUUGUGGAUUUAACGACAUUAAGUACUGCUGUGAUGAUCCCAAUAGCUUUUUUCCUUAUGAGUACGGAUACAUGUGGUGGCUGAGUGUUGGGGCACUGGUGGGUCUCUCCAUCGCUGCAGUGGUCCUCCUAGCCUUCAUUAUCACCCUAUGUGUCCUUUGCUACCUCUUCAUCGCCACAAAACCAAGCCGGCUGGACAACGGUCUCCCACUUCGGGCACCAGGCCCUGAGCUGGGCACACUGGAAGGAGCCAGUGAGUCUAGCGCCCCUUCUGGCCCACAGGGUUUCCGCAAGCACUUCUUCAGCCGGAAACUGGACUGCGACAACCAGCCACCCGACCCGGACCGUCUGUUCCAGAGGUGCUUCAUGGCCACAGUCACCACUGUGAACGUGGAGGGGCCAUCUUAGAUCAGCCUGACGUUGACCAUGGUAGCAAGUUGGUCAUUUCAGCGAGAGACGGUUCAGAAAUUCUUCACACACACACACACACACACACACACACAGGUUUUACACAAGCUGCUCUUCACCAAACUCGCCCGCCCACCCCCAACCCCUGCUGAAUAUGGAUGAGCAUCACACUCAGCACUGUAUGAGAAAUAAAGACAAAUUCUCCAGGGAUCACCACACAGGAAGAUUUCCUCCUAACUCCAUGGUUCACAGAUUAUUCACACAUCACACCUAGAGCGUAUCUGUCGGUUGCAGCCCUGUCCAGUUAAUGUGUGGUAUGAUUUCACCAAAAUUAUUUCAUCAUGUUGCCAAUUCUGCCAAGAACUAUAUUAUGAUCAGACACUCACAGGAACUACUUUAAAAACAGAUUAGGUGCUUAGGUGCUUAGUGCAUUUCUGCCCCUCUGCUGAAUCACUUCUACCAAGCUGAAAGCUUUCUGCCAGACCAGCACAAGCUGUAAGCUGUGUUAAUUAUCAGUGUUUUUUCUCUUUCAGUGCGACAUCUUUGCUUUGCAAAACAACCUCAUUACAAAGUCAGAUUCUGAACAUGCUGAAAAGCAUUAAUUACACAACACAUUUGGUUCCUAAGUAUUCCUCUGAAGAAUACAUUAAAUGAAGUUCAUGAAAACCAGCACUGUCACACGCACAGAUGCAUGCAGGGAGAUGCAGUAGAUAUAUCGGUUUGGGCAGCUGUAUUUAUUUUCUGGAGUUAGAGAAAGCACAAAAGGAGGCAGUGUGAAGAUAAAAACUUCACCAUUCACCAGUUAAAAAUAGCAAACUAAAAUGAAGGAACACCAAAGAAAAACCAGACAAAUGGUUUUUCAUCUCCCUCUAUUGCUCUCUCUCCUCUCUCUUCCUACUCUCUCUCUCGAGUCCCCAGUCUGAGACACCUACUGUGAAAAGAAGUGCACUGCACAAAUGUGGGCUUAUUUGAAAACGCAACCGAAGAGCAUGUGCCCACUAGCCCUGAAGGGGUGGCCACUGAUUCAGUUCCCUCUCCCAAACCGAGCCAUGCCACAAGUGCAAAUUAAUUCACUCCAGUCAUUUCCUUAUAUUUUAUUAUGUGUAAAUUACUUUUCUUUUUCUUCAAAAAAAGUGACUUUGUGAAGUGCUUUGCAUGUAAAAAUUCAAAUUGAUGAAAGGGCUUGGACAUUUCACUUGGACAUUGUGUCUAGUUUUAGGCAUUUCUCUACAUAGUCCAUUUUUUGUUGCUACACAUAAUGUUUACUGUGCAAUGAAAAUCCAAGCUAAUUUCAAUGGAAUCAGCAUUUUGUUUUCCAAAUUAUGCAAUUUUGCUGCCGUAUAUGAUGCAUUACAAAGGUGUACUUGAAUGAUGUUUGACAAUGUCAGGCAAUGAAUUCUGUUUGAAAUUUUGCUAUUUGCAAAUUGAGAAGAAAUAUAAGAGCCAAGUGAAUUUGUACUCUAUAAGAAUCAACAGGAAUUAUGUUUGAAUGGUUUGAGUGCAGUUACCUUUAAGUGCAUGUUGUGCUUUUUCAUGACAGAAAAUCAUUUUCUCUCUUCAUGGUUUAUCUCUGAGUCUGAUGGUUACAGGUGCAGUAUAUUUUUAUUGAAUUGCUGUGGAAUGAUUUAUUGGCAUGAGAAAGACCAGUGCCCCAA